AUGUGCGACGGUUUAGGAUUUAAGUCUUCUGGUGAUCAAAAGUUAGGAAUGUUUUAUUUUGCGAUAGGAAAUAUUCAUCCCAAGUAUCGGUCCGAAUUAAAGUUCAUAAAUUUAGCCGCUAUUGUUAAAUAUGCCGAUAUACAGAAGUAUGGCAUAAACAAAGUUUUGGAACCACUAAUAAAAGAAUUAAAACUGUUGGAAAAAGAAAUUAUCCUGCCUAAUGGCCAAAAAAUUUUCGGAGCAUUAUUUGCAAUCCAGGGAGAUAAUUUAGGUGUACAUAUGCUAUGCGGUUUAAAAGAAGGCUUCACUGCAAAUCGUCCGUGUCGGGAUUGUAUGGCAACCCUUCAACAGGUCCGUCAAAUGACACAAGAAGAUGAAAGCUUGUUGAGAACUCCUGAACAACACGAGGAACAAGUUGCAGAAAUAGAAGAAGCUGAAGGAAGAGAAAAAGAACGUUUAUCGACAGAAUAUGGAAUAAAUCGAAGAUGCUCACUAACAGAGCUUUUAAAAGUCGACCCAACGCGGAGUGCUCCUCAUGAUAUUGUUCAUGACCAUUUGCUCGGAGAUUUUAUACUGACUUUACAACUUUUAAUGCAAAAAGUUGUACUCAAGAAAUUACCUUUAAGUGUAAUUAACGACAGAAUUCAGAACUUUGAUUACGGAUACAAUGAACUGUCAUACAAACCAUCAACAAUUAAAUCUCAGCAUCUUGUUCCUGGCAAUAACCUGCAUCAAAAUGCGAGUCAAAUGUUUUUAUUGGCUUUUAUCAUACCAUUUGUAGUGCAGGAUGUCAUUGAGGAAAAUUGUCCGUAUUUUGAGAAUUAUUCACAGUUAUUGGAAAUAAUUUCAAUUAUAUUUGGAACUUCAAUCAGUACAGGAAUGCUCGAUUACUUAAAGGAUAUAACGGAAGAAUAUUUAGAAUCCUUCAGAGAUCUAUAUAUAACGAAGUUAACGUUGAAGACAAUGUUUCUCUUUUGA